AUGGGUCGCAAGCUGGGGCUCUUCCGUGCCAUAUAUCUGGUCUCGGCCAGCUGUAUGGGCUCGUUUUCCUUUGCUUUUGACACCGGUGUUAUUAGCGGCGUUCUCUCUCUCCAAUCCUUCCAAGAUGAUUUCGGCUAUACUAAAGCACAGAAAACUAACGUGAACUCAAAUGCUGUGUCGAUUCUCCAGGCCGGUGCCUUUUUCGGCUGCUUCCUCGUCUCUCCGAUCGCAAAGUUCUUUGGUCGCCGCACUGGCCUGAUUAUCAGCUCCCUGGUAUUCACCCUCGGUACGAUUUUGCAAGUCAUUAACUCCGGCACAUUGGGCACUUUUUACGCGGGACGUGUCAUUGCUGGCUUCGGAAUCGGUGCCGCCACCGUAUUGAUCCCCAUGUAUGCGGCUGAGAUGUCGCCCAAGGAAAUACGUGGGCGGCUGGGUGCUUGCUUCCAGCUGUUCUUCGCCCUGGGAGUCAUGAUCGCCUAUUGGGUAACAUAUGCCGUGGACAAAGACCAGAAACCCGGGACCAGCCAGUGGCAGACUGCGUUGGGCCUCCAGCUUCUUGGAUCGACCUUGCUACUUGCUGGAAUGUGUACAGUGAAGGAGAGUGCGCGUUGGCUUGCCGCGCGAGGAAGAUUGGAUGAGGCCCGCGAGUCGCUGAAGUGGGUACGUGGAGGCGAAGAAACUGAAGAGCUGCAGAAGGAGUUCGAUGAGAUUCUCGCCGGCAUUGAAGAAGAGGCGCGGGUGAAGGAAAACUUGACGUUCAAGGAACUACUGCUACCCGUGAACCGAUACCGACUCUUCAUUGCUGUCACUAUUCAACUGUCCGCUCAACUCACUGGAAACACCUCUCUCGCAUACUAUGCGACCCAGAUCUUCAGCGCCGUCGGGGCUGGGAGCUCAUCGAAAUUGGUAACCGGCUUUUUCGGUCUCGUGAAGGUCUGCGGUGUCAGUAUUUUCCAACUGUUUGUGCUGGAUCGCAUUGGUCGUCGAGUGCCGUUCAUGGUGGGCGCGUUUGCAAUGGGCUCGUUCAUGCUCAUUAUCUCCUGCAUUCUAGCCACACACCCCACCAACGCCAACGCCACGUCGCCAACAGCGGCCGGGAUCGCAUGUAUCAUAAUGACCUACGCCGAGGCCUUCAGCUAUAACAUGUCCUGGGGUCCACUGCCCUGGCUCUACGUGGGGGAGAUCUUCUCCAGCCGUACCCGUGAGCUGGGAGUGACGGUCGGCGCGGCAUCCCAAUGGCUGUUCAAUUUCAUGAUGUCGCAAGUCACACCUCAUGCAAUCAACAACAUUGGAUGGCGCAUGUUCCUGAUGUUCGCUAUCUUCAACUACGCCAUCAUUGUGUAUGCUUGGUUUGUCCUCAAAGAGACAUCGCGGCACUCGUUAGAGGAGAUGCAGGAGGUCUUUGGUGGUAAGAAAAUGGAGGAGAAACAUCUCGAAAUGACCCAUCAUGAAGAGCACACAACAGGUGCUCCGACGGAAGCCAAGGCAUGA